UAGUAGGAAUAUGCAUCACGACUUCCUGUUUGAAGUUGUACGUUACAACAAAGGGACAGUGUGGUUAUAUUUUAUAAAGUUUUUUUUUUUUAUGAAGUGUAUAAUGGCGGAUAUCACGGCACAGAAGGUUCAGGAAUACAAAGACUCCCUUAAAACUAAGGCUGAACAACUAUUGUUAAAAGGAUUUCCUGAGAAGAUUGUCAAGUUAAAUGAGUUAUUGGAGACACGUGGAUUCUGUAAUAGAAAACUGUCGGAUGUUCAUCAAGAUUUAAAUGUGCCCAUUCCAGAUCCAAUAGUUCUUAAUCAUUCCGAAGAUGGAACUGGUACAAAGAAACGAAAAACUGACAAUAGCAUAGACAAUACUAGUGGAACCAAAGUAAUGGUACUACCAAAUGGACCCGUACCUUGUAACAAGCCUCUAAGCGAUCUUAUUUGCAUAGUUAAACCAUAUAUUCGUCAACUCUUGGAAGAUUCUAAUUUGUUAAAAAUGUGGGUCUCUUUUCUAAUUCCAAAAAUCGAAGAUGGAAAUAAUUUUGGCGUAUCGAUUCAAGAAGAUACACUUGCUGAAAUACAAUCAGUAGAAAGUGAGGCUGCUGCAUUUUUUGAUCAAAUAUCAAGGUAUUUUAUCACUAGAGGGAAGAUCGUUAGUAAAGUUGCAAAGUAUCCACACAUCAGUGAUUAUAGAAGAGCUGUACAAGAAUUAGAUGAAAAAGAAUAUGUGAGUUUGUGGUUGGUAAUGAGCGAAGUCCGUAAUCGCUAUUGUUCUCUACACGAUUUGGUGAUUAAGAAUUUGGAGAAAAUCAAAAAGCCACGCUCUUCCAACGCGCAAUCCUUGUACUAAACGCUAUAUAUAUUACUUAUACCUGGUAAUGUACAGGACGAUAACAAAAAGAAAAUCGAAAAGUAACAUGCGCGACGUGAAAAAAGUUAUUCUCGACUUUUUCAAAGAAAAACUAGAAUUAUCUUCCUUUUUUAUUUGUGAUCCCAUAGUCUCAGCAUUGACUCGUUCGCUUAAGUACCUAACAUUUAAAGUGUAAUUAUUAAAAAGUCGCUACAAAUUGAAAAUAUAAUUAUACUGAUCUCUUUGAAAAAUAUUAGACACACAAAAUAAAAUAUAACUAACUUAUAUUCAUCUGUGAAAAUAAAAACGAAUAGUUGUUUUUCUUUUGUAUCAAGACUUUUAGUCAAUCAUAAAUUGGAGUAAUUUAAUUUUUACAUCACUUCAGAAUCUUCAAACAAAACUACACUUAUAAUUAAAACUUGCCGAAAGUAUGACCCCUCUUUUUUUUUUAAACAAUUUUUCAUUGUUCUCUGUUUCGAAAGUUCAACUGUUCGAUUAAACGAAUCGUACGCGUGUGACGUACUUACGACAAACUUUAAUAGAUGUAAAAGUGUUAGGAUAUCUGUCCUUUCGUCUAAUUAAAUCUAGAAUAUAGUUAAUCAUGUAAUUUGUAAUUUACAUCUGUAAUGAUCGUUAGUAUAUAAAUUAAGGUAUAACAAACGGUUUUUGUAGAUGGUAUUAACUUAAAGCCCGUUUUCUUUCUUUAAAUGUGAUGUACAUUACGAAAAACUGAUACAACUUAGUAUUACGACGAAGUUCAUUUUUGUCGCAUCAGCUGUACGGAACACGAAACGUUUAGACUAUAAAAGCAAUAACUGUAAAAUGUGUUCAGGAACAUGCAUAGUUAACAAACGUUGCAUUUUUCUCAGAAAUCUGGUAGAAAUACGUGUUGAAAUAGUUUUCAGUACCUGGUAUACACGAUUAAACGUCAAACUGCUUCGUCA